UAACUCCCUCUCCCUCUCUCUCUCUCUCUCUCCAGCAUUUCCCAGCAAAACACCCCAAAGCCAAACCAGCAUAGGGCUCCGUUCCCCCCCUCUCUCUCUCUCUCUCUCUCUCUCCUCUUCUCUUCUUCCGUUCUCGGAUCUGAUUCGCUGCGAGAGACUCUUCUCCCUUCUCAAUCAAAUUCCCCACAGAUCGAAAAAACCCGCGACCCGACAACCCGAACCCGGGUCGCGGCCCCGAUCGCCGACCCGAAUGGGACUGCGCGCCGCUAAACGAUGAGCAGAGCCGGGGAGGAAGAAGACGAAGACGAGUGCUUCUACGAGUCCCUCGAUCGCAUUCUCGCCUCCUCCUCCUCUUCUUGUUCCACCUCCGACUCCGACUCCGACCCCGCCGCUUCUUCUCCCAAUUAUGCUCCCCCGAAGCGGUUCCCGACGCCCAAGUUCCCAACGGGGGCGUACAAGUACGACGUCUGGAUCUCCGAGCCGGCCUCUGUCUCCGACCGCCGCUCGCAGCUCCUCCGCGAAAUGGGCCUCAGCGGCGACCCGGCCCUCUCCCGGUCCAAGCCCGACGCCGUGGGCCGGUCCGUGUCGUCGGAUCAUUUUAUCAAACGACACAGCCUCCCUGCCGUCUCUCAAAUCUUCCGGUCCAAAUCCGACGGCGUUGAACAGUGUAACGGCGGCGGCUCUUCUUCUUCCCCGCCUAUUCUUUCCUCGGACAUUGAAGCCGCUCCGGCGGCCGAGGCCAAUUUGUUUGUAAAUACACAGAAACGAGACUCCGUUUGUAAAUCGGCGAGCGGCAAGAGCAGUGGAUCCUCCGCCGCGUCGCCUCCGCCGCCCCACAAGCCGCCGUCCGGAAAGAACUGCCGGCGCUGCGGCGACGAGAUCCGGAUCGAGGCCGAGGAGCAGCCGGAGCUGGAGGAGGAGGAGGAGGAGGAGGAGGAGCUGGUGUGUAGUAAUGGCGGCGGCGGCGAGGUGUGUACCAUUCGGAAUCUCGACAAUGGGAAAGAGUUUGUGGUGAAUGAGAUCAGGGAAGACGGAAUGUGGAACAAGCUCAAGGAAGUCGGCACCGGGAAGCAGUUGACAAUGGAGGAGUUUGAGAUGAGUGUGGGGCAUUCCCCCAUCGUGCAAGAACUGAUGCGGCGGCAGAAUGUGGAGGAGAGUCAUAAGGUCGGUGGAGGCGGCGGCGGUUCGGAUUCGAAUGCCAAUGGAGGCGGCGGAGGGGCGGUGAAGAUGAAGAAGAGGGGGUGGUUCAAGAGCAUUAAGAGUGUGGCGAGUAGUGUGACUGGUCACAAGGAGAGGAGGAGCAGUGAUGAGAGGGACACGUCGUCGGAGAAGGGGGGCAGGAGGUCGAGCUCUGCCACUGAUGAUAGCCAGGACGUGUCGUUUCAUGGACCGGAGAGGGUGAGGGUGAGGCAGUACGGGAAGUCUUGUAAGGAGCUUACGGCUGUGUACAAGACGCAGGAGAUUCAGGGGCAUAAUGGGUCGAUAUGGAGUAUUAAGUUUAGCUUGGAUGGCAAGUAUCUGGCGAGUGCCGGUGAGGAUUGUGUGAUUCAUAUAUGGCAGGUGAUGGAGACUGAGAGGAAGGGGGAUUUGUUGAUGCAGAAAUCAGAAGAUAACAAUUUGGACUUGUUGUUUAUUGCCAAUGGGUCUUCAGAGCCAUCAUCUGUUUCACCUAAUAAUUACAGCCAUCUAGAGAAAAAGAGGAGAGGGAGGACAUCUAUCAGUCGGAAAUCCUUGAGUUUGGAACACUAUGUGAUUCCAGAGACGAUGUUUGCACUUUCAGAAAAGCCCAUUUGUUCAUUCCAAGGUCAUGUAGAUGAUGUGCUUGAUCUCUCCUGGUCCAAGUCUCAGCACCUGCUCUCAUCUUCUAUGGACAAAACGGUGCGCCUCUGGCAUUUGUCGAGCAAGUCUUGUUUGCGGAAAUUUUCACACAUUGACUAUGUAACUUGCAUCCAGUUUAAUCCUGUUGACGAUAACUACUUCAUUAGUGGAUCACUUGAUGCUAAGGUUCGUAUAUGGAGCAUCCUUGAUCACCAAGUGGUUGAUUGGAAUGAUAUGCAUGAGAUGGUCACUUCUGCUUGCUACACUCCCGAUGGUCAGGGUGCUCUUGUUGGAACAUAUAAAGGGAGCUGCCGGUUAUAUAACACAUCUGAUAACAAGUUGCAAGAGAAAAGUCAAAUUAAUCUGCAGAACAAGAAAAAGAAAUCUCAUCACAAGAAAAUUACCGGUUUCCAGUUCGCACCAGGAAGUUCCUCGGAAGUAUUAGUUACAUCUGCAGAUUCACGAAUCAGGGUUGUUGAUGGUGUUGAUCUGGUUCACAAGUUCAAGGGAUUUCGCAAUACAAAUAGCCAAAUCUCAGCCACCCUCACAGCAAAUGGUAAAUAUGUGGUAUCUGCCAGUGAGGAUUCUCAUGUAUAUAUAUGGAAACAUGAAGCUGAUUCCCGCCCUAUCAGAAGCAAAAGUGUUACUGUUACACGCUCUUAUGAGCAUUUCCAUAGUCACAAUGUGUCAGUGGCCGUCUCUUGGCCUGGUGUUGGUGAUUCAUGGGGACUACAAGAUGGGGAACAAAAUGGACUAGGACUUGACACCAAUCUGGAUGAGGUUUCAACAGCCAAUCAUCCCCCUACUCCUGUUGAGGAGGCUAACGGUAAGGAUGGUUCACGAUCAGCUUCUGGUUGCACCAAUAGCCCCCUUCAUGGAACAAUCACUAGUGCAUCCAACAGUUACUUCUUUGAUAGGAUUUCGGCAACGUGGCCUGAGGAAAAACUUCUUCUAGCUACUAAGAAACGAAGCCCUCGUGUAAGUUUUGAUUUUAGCAAUGGUGUAAGCCAGAACAUUCCAGCCUGGGGUAUGGUGAUUGUAACCGCUGGCUUGGGAGGUGAAAUUAGAACUUUCCAAAAUUUUGGGUUGCCGAUUCGGAUAUAAGGUCCCAAAGAAAUCCCGUAAUCCUGGGGAAGACGAGUUAUUACUCACAUUGAGCCGGUCCUUUUUCCCCUAUUGGCAAAUAUGUACAGUAAGAUUUGGUGAGAAUUGUAAUAUUAGAGGGAGUUCCAUUUGUUUCAA